UUUCCCUAAGAAUAAAGCUUCUGGAACUUGGUUACUCUCCCUAAGGUUUCAUACUCAAUUGGGCCUGCAAAAUUUCAAGUCCUGUCAUUAUUUUGCAGCUGCUUGCAUGGGGACACCAGUGGGGUUUAUGGUGAUUCUUGCUCUAACUAUGUUAGCUUUGGGUGCCACCUAUGGCUCACCACCAAUCCCUCAAACUUAUAUUGUUCACAUGGACGGUGAUAAAGCCCCAUCAGCCUCCCUCUCUCCAAUUGAAGCCAAAACAUGGUAUGAAAACCUCAUGACCUCAACAAUGGAGGCCUUCAAAGAAGAAGAAGAAGGCAUAGAGAGCCACGAACCAGAGAUAAUGUACGUUUACCGAACAACCAUGUCGGGAUUUGCUGCCAAGCUCACGGCCAAACAGGCUGAAGCCCUCCCAAAGUUAGAGGGGUUCCUGGCAGUAUACCCUGAAACUCUAUAUCAAUUGCACACAACACACUCACCUCAAUUUUUAGGCCUUCAAUUAGGCCAAGGUCUUUGGAGCAACACAAACUUGUCCUCCGAUGUUAUAAUCGCAGUGGUUGACACUGGUGUGUGGCCUGAACACCCAAGCUUUAGCAGCGAUCACAAGACCGUGGCCGUGCCCGAGAGAUGGAAGGGUAUAUGCGAGACUGGGAUUAAAUUCACUUCAGCUAAUUGCAACUCGAAGCUUGUAGGGGCUCGGGCGUAUUUCAAAGGCUAUGAAGCAAAUGGGGCAAAGAUUAAUGAUACUUCCGAGUAUCGAUCAGCUCGGGACUCGGAAGGCCACGGCACGCACACGGCUUCGACUGCAGGUGGAAAUUUCAUUGCCAAUGCGAAUGUGCUGGGCAAUGCCAAGGGGUCAGCUGCUGGGAUGAGGUACACGGCCCGGAUUGCUGUCUACAAAGUGUGUUGGGGUGGAGGUUGUGCGUCCUCAGACAUAAUUGCUGCCAUCGACCAAGCAGUUGCGGAUGGUGUCGAUGUGAUUUCUCUCUCGCUUGGUAGCGGCCCUAGACCUUACUACAGUGACCCCAUUGCAAUCGGGGCUUUCGGGGCCAUCCGAAAGGGGGUGUUCAUCACUUGCUCUGCGGGAAACAGUGGCCCCUCUGAAUCCAGUGUCUCCAAUGCUGCCCCGUGGCUCAUGACCGUCGGUGCCAGUUAUCUUGACCGUACAUUCCCCACUUCCAUUAGGCUUGGUGAUGGCCGCACCUUCAAGGGCUCAUCCCUUUAUUCGGGCCCUCCUACAAAGUCACUGCCUCUGGUCUAUGCUGACACUGCUGGAGACCAGGGCUCCGAGUACUGCACAGAUGGAUCUCUCUCGAAGAAAUUGGUCACCGGAAAGAUUGUGGUUUGCGAGCGCGGAAUGAAUUCAAGGGUUCAGAAAGGAGAGCAGGUGAAGAUUAAUAAGGGUGCAGGCAUGCUUCUCUUGAACACACAGGAGCAGGGUGAAGAGUUGGUUGCAGAUGCCCAUGUCCUACCGGCUUCUGCCGUUGGUGCUUCUGUAGCCCAAGCCAUAAAAACUUACAUGAAGACCACCAAGCAACCCAAGGCUCAAAUCGUGUUCGAAGGGACCAUGUACGGUUCUGUCGCACCCAUAAUGGCCGCUUUCUCAUCCAGAGGCCCCAGUGCAGUUGGAACUGAUAUCAUAAAGCCAGACAUCACUGCACCCGGUAUGAACAUACUAGCAGCAUGGCCGCUCUCGGUAGGCCCCUCUGGCUUGCCAUCAGACAAGAGGAGGGUGAAAUUCAACAUAAUUUCCGGCACCUCCAUGUCGUGCCCACACGUAAGCGGGCUAGCUGCGUUGCUCAAGUCUGUGCACAACGACUGGUCUCCUGCAGCCAUCAAGUCGGCACUCAUGACCACUGCAUACACAUUCGAUAACAAAGGCAAGCCUAUCACAGACAUGGGCAAGAAGGCUCAAGCCACACCCUUUGCAUUCGGGUCAGGCCACGUGAACCCCGAGAGAGCCACAAACCCUGGAUUGGUAUAUGACAUCUCUACAGAUGACUACCUAAACUAUCUAUGCAGUCUCAACUACUCAUCCUCGCAAAUGGCCAUCAUGGCCGGGCAGAGCUACACUUGCCCCACUCAAAAGGCUCUACUCCCCGGAGACCUCAACUACCCUUCAUUCUCUUUGGAUUUCUCUAAUGGAGGCUUUAAUAAUUCUUCAGUGACCUACAGUAGAGUGGUUACCAAUGUGGGGACUCAAGGGAGCAAGUAUGAGGCUAGGGUUGUGGCCCCUGAAGGUGUGGUAGUGAAAGUAGAUCCCUUGGUUUUGGCCUUUGGGAAGAAAGGUGAGAAGAAUAGUUAUAAGGUUACUUUCAUGGUAGUCUCUAGUAAAACCAAAGGAGCCUCUUUUGGAGAGCUUGUGUGGGUCUCUAAUGGAUACUCUGUUAGGAGCCCAAUUGCUGUGCUUUGGGGGUAAAAUAACCAUGAACCAGUCCCUAUUAUAGAUAAUAGAGUGAUCAAUGUCAAGAAUACUUCUAGUUAGAGUAAUGUUUAUAGUGCAAGAUUGACGCCUUGAAUGAAUUCAGUGUCCAUAGACAUAAUAUAAUUUCAUGCAUAUCUCUUGAAUGGAUUCAAAGGUGCAUAGACUCUAUCAAAGAAGUUAAGUAUGGGACUAUAUCAUGAAUGCUCAGAAACCUUAGUUCUUGUAACUAGUGAUUAAGAAAUUGUUGAUCCGACUUGAUUUGGGAAAGG